AUGUGUCCCACAGUCGACGACGGCGCUCCUGCCACCAACGGUGGCUUCACCAAGUUCGAGAGCGAUUUCGAGAAGAAGGGCAAGUCCCACACCGUCAACAAGAACCCCUACCAACCCGUAGGCGACUUCCUGUCAAACGUGUCAAACUUCAAGAUUAUCGAGUCGACGCUGCGUGAGGGCGAGCAGUUCGCCAAUGCCUACUUUGACACCGAGACCAAGAUCAAGAUCGCCAAGGCUCUCGAUGAGUUCGGUGUUGACUGCAUCGAGCUCACCUCGCCAUGUGCUUCCGAGCAGUCGCGUCUUGACUGCGAGGCCAUCUGCAAGCUCGGCCUCAAGGCUAAGAUCCUGACCCACGUCCGCUGCCACAUGGACGAUGUCAAGGUUGCUGUUGAGACUGGUGUUGACGGUGUCGACGUUGUCAUUGGCACCAGCUCUUUCCUCAGAGAGCACUCGCACGGCAAGGACAUGACUUACAUCAAGGUUAUCCAGUUUGUCAAGUCCAAGGGUCUUGAGAUCAGAUUCUCGUCAGAGGACUCGUUCAGAUCAGACCUGGUCGACCUUCUCUCGCUCUACGCUGCCGUCGACAAGGUCGGUGUCAACAGAGUCGGUAUCGCUGACACUGUCUACGACCUUGUCAGAACUCUCCGUGGUGUUGUCAGCUGCGACAUUGAGUGCCAUUUCCACAACGACUCUGGCUGUGCCAUUGCCAACGCAUACUGCGCCCUCGAGGCCGGUGCCACUCACAUCGAUACCUCAGUCAUCGGUAUCGGUGAGCGUAACGGUAUCACCCCUCUCGGUGGUCUUAUGGCCCGCAUGAUUGUCGCCGACCGCGACUAUGUCAAGGGCAAGUACGACCUUCACAAGCUCAAGGCCAUUGAGGACUUGGUCGCCGACUCUGUCGAGAUCAACAUCCCCUUCAACAACUACAUCACCGGUUUCUCCGCCUUCACCCACAAGGCUGGUAUCCACGCAAAGGCCAUUCUUGCCAACCCCUCGACUUAUGAGAUUAUCGACCCUGCCGACCGUUACGUCCACUUCGCCUCGCGUCUUACCGGCUGGAACGCCAUCAAGUCGCGUGUCGAGCAACUCUCCCUCACAAUGACCGACGCCCAAGUCAAGCUCUGCACAGCCAAGAUCAAGGCCCUCGCCGACGUCCGCCCCAUCGCCAUCGACGACGCCGACUCGAUCAUCCGUACCUUCCACGGCAACCUGCACAAGGACAGCGAGGACCCCCUCCUGCCCAACAUGACCGAAGAGGAGAAGAAGAAGUUCGAGCAGAAGCAGAGGGAACUCAACGGUGUCGCUGAGAAGCGCGAGCUCGAGGACCAGGCUGACAAGGAGGCCGAAGUUCCUCAGGCCAAGAAGACCAAGACUGAGGCUGGUGCAUAG